GUGUCAAUUAGUCAUAAAAUGUCAGAUUUAUGAUGUUGUUGUAGAGCUCCUCAUGUAGUAAAAAACAUGAAACUAAAGAAAAAUAUUGUAGAAUUAUUCGAUGAAGCUAAGACGAAUAAUUCUUACGUUAAAAUAUGUGCACCAAUGGUCAGAUACAGUAAAGUUCAAUUCAGAACACUUGUAAAAAACUAUGGCACUGAACUUACCUUCACGCCUAUGAUAUUAGCCGACUCGUUCUGCCAAAAUUCAAAAGCUCGGACUAAUGAGUUUUCCACAACAACGAGUGACUCUCCAUUGAUAGUUCAGUUUGCAGCAAACAACGCUCUUGAUUUUGCUGAUGCAUCCAAGUUGAUCUAUCCUUAUGCUGAUGGAGUGGAUUUAAACUGUGGUUGUCCACAAAAAUGGGCCAUGAAAGAUGGUUAUGGAUGCGCUUUAUUGUCUAAACCAAACCUAAUUUUUAAUUUAGUCAGAGAAGUCAAAAAUAGCUUAUCUCCUAAUUUUAGCAUAUCAGUUAAAAUAAGAGUGUUGGAUGAUUUAAAAAAAACUAUAAAUUUAUGCCAACAACUAGAAAAAUGUGGAGUCACCUUUUUGACUGUACAUGGACGUACUCCGCAGCAAAAAACUGGUGAUAGUAUUAAUGUUGCUGCUUUGGAAGAAGUGUGUAAAUCUGUGCAGGUGCCUGUGGUUGCAAAUGGUGGUAUUAAGACCUUGCAAGAUGCAGACACCUUAUACAAUGCCACUAAAUGUAAUGGUGUUAUGGCUGCAAGUGGUAUAUUAACGAAUCCAGCUCUAUUUAGUGGAGCGAACAGGACUCCACUUAGCUGUGUAAAGUUGUGGCAGACUUUCAAAAAUAAGGAUAAACAAAAAAUCACAUUCCAGUGUUACCACCAUCAUUUAGUAUUUAUGCUUGAGAAGGUAUUGACUAAACAGCAAAAACUAGUAUUUAAUCAUCUAUCUACUUUUGAAGAUGUAGAUGAGUACAUCAAUAAAUAUCUCUAUGAACCUGAGAGUGAUUUCAAUUAUGCAUAUGAUUUAGAUGAUUUCUUAGUAUGUGAUUUUCCUGAUGAAAUAACAUUAAAACAUUCACAUAAGUGUAGAGGAUGUAGCAAAAGUGUAUGCUAUUGUACCUGUAGUAAAUAUGACUAUGAUGCCACAGAUGGCAGUUUUUUUACCUCAUACAUUGAAACAAAAGAUUCUUCAGAUUAUAUGGAUUCUAACAUUUUUAAUGAGUAUGAUUCUGGGUAAUAUUUAAUGUUUAGUUUGGUUUAGGA